GCCAAGGGAGGAGGAAAAAGGAGAGGCAGUGUGUGGUGAGAACCACAGAUUACAACCAGCCCGAUACAGGAGCAGGCAAGACAGCAGCAGCGUGGAGGACAGAAAUAAAAGGAUAAAAGCUCCGCUGACCUUCUUCCUCUCCUUCCGUGUCAGGAGAAAGAGGAAGAGUGAGAAGAAGGGGGGGACGGAAAGGAAAGAAGAGGAGCGCUGCGUUUGUCCCAGAAGAGGAGGAGUAGGAGGAGGAGGAGGUGAUGUGUGUGCAGCGUGUUGGUUUUUUAACAAACCAGUGACACAAGAGAGAGAGUGUGUGUGUGUGUGUGUGAAGUGAACUCCCCACACACACUCCCCCCCCCUUCCUCCCUUCAUCAUCAAAACCCCAACGUCAUCAUACUAAGAACCUAACCUGAGGUUACGCAAGCCAUGCUGAGGACCCAGAGCCAGCCGAAGUCCUGCUGAACACCAUGGCCCAGGCUAAAGGACGGAGAGAUGGCAUGGUGUCGUCCAACGAGAACAGGCGCCGGCCGCUGUCGUCGGGCGAGGUGGAGGGCGUAUCGUGGCAGGGCCCACGGACCGUUUUUGUGCCAAAGAACUCGCAGGGCUUCGGCUUCACUCUGCGCCACUUCAUCGUCUACCCGCCCGAGUCCUCCCUCCACAGCCUCAAGGAUGAAGAGAACGGAAACCCAACUGGAAGAGGUUGCCAACGGUCCCGUUUGGAGCCAAUGGACACCAUCUUUGUGAAGAGCGUGAAAGAAAAUGGCCCCGCACAACAAGCUGGCCUGUGUACAGGGGACAGGCUGGUGAAGGUGAACGGGGAGAGCAUUCUGGGGAAAACCUACUCUCAGGUGAUCAUGCUCAUCCAAAACAGUGAAAACAUUCUGGAGCUCUCUAUUAUGCCCAAAGAUGAGGAUGUGUUGCAGUUGGUAAGUGCGUACUCCCAGGACGCCUACCUGAAAGGCAACGAGCCAUAUUCCGGCGUGGCCCUCCCUGCGCCGCCUCCUCUCUGCUACCCUUCCGCCAAGCCCAUCUCUGCCCCACAGCACAACCCCCAGAGUCCCCCGGACAACUGGCGACCGGUCCCCGCCGCCUCCCCACUGGACAACCGCCCCCCCGCCGCUUCCACCCCCGCCCCCGGCUGGCCCGGGGGCCCCGAGGAAUCCGGUGGCCACUUCGCCCCAUCGGGCGGGCACCGAGGCCGCUCCUCUUCGGCCAUCAAUGUGCUGGACUUUCACUUCGCAAACCACAAUGCUGCCAUCGCCUCUGCUACUCUGCCUGCGCCGCGGAAGAGCGGCCUACUGGCCUCGGCCCGCACCCACGCCGAUACUCUCUGCCACCAGGCUCUGUCGGACUGGUACUACAGCCAGGCCGAGGCUGCCGAGAGCAUGUCCCCCCGCCACCGCAGCAUCUCACAGGACUGUUUAGCAGAGCUGGGGCUGGGGUUGGCCCUCGGUCCUGGUCCCGCACCUGCCUCCACAACCUCCGCGGAGAAGCACAGAAGGGAAACCCUCCAGUUCCACCACCAGGCGGCUUCUGCUUCCCAUGAUUCCUAUUGGUUAGGGGGCUGGGGCGGGGUAUCGGGACCAGGAAGCAGGUCAUGCUCAGAGAGCCUCCUGGCAGCCUACGCCGAGUACGAGCAUAACUACGGGCGCUCCGUGGAAACUCUGGCACAAGCCUCGGCUCUGGUGUCACCGCGCUACGAGCACCCUCCGCACGGGUCACAAACAGUGAAAUUCAGAGAGCAGAAAGACCAGACGGUUACAGCAGGGCAUCUUCACAAAACCACAGUGAUGUCCCCCAUCAUCACAGCCUCCUCCACAGUGCCUCCUAGUGGCAGGCGGUCAGGCCAGCAGGUAGCCGAACCUCAAACGCGUCGAGUAAAAGAGGAGGAGCUGGUGGGCUACAAAAGCUACAGCCCGUCUUUCUCCCGCAAAGCUGGCCACCUUCUCCAGCAGGCCCACUCCUUCAGAGAGCCCAGCUACAGCGGCCCCCACCUCAACUGGAGCCCCUGCAGCAGAAGUGGCCCAUCAGACAACGAGGGUGGUGUGGUACCCAGGCCCCAGUCUACCCCGGCCCUGUCUGCACCAGAGGAGGAGGGAGCCCGACUGGGCGAUGACAGGGAGGCCGUCUCCCCCAUCUCCCUGAAUCAGGAGGUGGUCCUAAGGCAGAAGCCGCCUUCCGGCCGCCGAACCCCCAUUCAACAUCCCCACUACACCACGCCCCUGGAGUCACUCGAGCCCCCCGGUUUGGAACCUACACACGGGACCCCCUCUCCUGUCUCCGGGGGGCCCAUCACUAACCGCAGGGCUAACGGUAGCCUCGCACAGCAUGCAUACAACUCCCUGGCAUCUAUUCCCUUCAUAGAUGACCCCACCAGUCCUAGUAUUGACCUACAGGCCUGCUAUGUACCAGCCCGCUCUGUUGUGUCCAGUUCCCAGGCCUCCACCACGGCCACCCUCCCCUCCACCUUUGUCUCCCCCACCCUCUCCUCCACCUCCCCCUUUGUCCGACUUCGCUCUCGGGACUGCAGCAGUAUUAAAAGCCGCCGCUCCUCUUACUUGCUGGCCAUCACCACCGAGAGAUCCAAGUCCUGUGACGAGGGUCUCAACACCUUCAGGGAAGAAGGACGCGUCUUCUCCAAACUACCAAAAAGGGUCAAGAGCUUUUUCACUGAUGGGUCUCUGGAGAGCCUGCGAGCCCAGGAGGAGGCCCGGUCCAAACGCCACUCCACCUCUGAACUGGGAACCAUCACCUUUAGUGAUGUUCGCAAGGAGGGCUGGCUGCACUACAAACAGAUCCUCACAGAGAAGGGAAAGAAAGUGGGUGGCGGCAUGCGGCCAUGGAAGCGCGUCUUCUCCGUGCUCCGCUCGAAUUCGCUCUUCCUCUACAAGGACAAGCGAGAGGCCGUCCUCCACGGGGCGGGGGCGGGGCCCGGCCAGGACGAACACCCUCCGAUCAGCAUCCGCGGCUGCCUGAUCGACAUCGCCUACAGCGAGACCAAGCGGAAGCACACCCUGCGGCUGACCACGCAGGACUUCUGCGAGUACCUGCUGCAGACCGAGGACCGGGACGACAUGCUGGCCUGGAUCAGGGUCAUUAGGGAGAACAGCAAGACCGACAACGAGGAGAUCGGCUUCUCAAGACAAGCUCUCAUCAACAAGAAGCUGAACGACUACAGGAAACACAGUCUGACAGGAAGUAAGCUGGACUCCUCCCCCAGAGCCCACCGUAUGAUGCCUCCCUUCCUCCUGGCAAAGACUGACAACACCUCAGUGAACCGAGCCUCCAGAACCGAUGACAACAAAGCGCUGUGGGGCAUCAACAUCAUGAAGAAGGCCAAGAAGACCGGCAGUCCCAAGGCUUUUGGCGUGCGACUGGAGGACUGUCAGCCUGCCGUCAACCAUAAAUUUGUCCCUCUGAUUGUGGAGAUGUGCUGUGGCGUGGUGGAGGAGACGGGUUUGGAUUACACGGGUAUCUACCGGGUGCCGGGCAACAACGCCAUGGUGUCCAACCUGCAGGAGCACCUCAACAAGGGCAUGGACAUCAACACGGCUGAGGAGAGAUGGCAGGACCUGAACGUGAUCAGCAGCCUGCUCAAGUCAUUCUUACGAAAGCUGCCCGAGCCGCUCUUCACCGACGACAAAUACAACGACUUCAUCGAUGCCAACCGGAUAGAAGACGCCGAGGACCGGCUGAAGACCAUGAAGAAACUGCUCCAUGACCUCCCAGAUUACUAUUACCACACCCUGAAGUUCCUGGUGGGUCACCUCAAGAAGGUGGCAGACCACUGUGAACAGAACAAGAUGGAGCCCAGAAACCUGGCCCUGGUGUUUGGCCCCACCCUGGUGAGGACGUCGGACGACAACAUGACCGACAUGGUCACCCACAUGCCCGACCGCUACAAGAUCGUGGAGACGCUCAUCCUGCACCACGACUGGUUCUUCACCACGGGAGAGCUCGACGAGGAAGAGAAGGCCCCAGAGGAUAAGCGGGACAUGCAGCCCGUGCCCAACAUCGACCAUCUGCUGUCCAACAUCGGCAGGCCCGGCAUGCCAGGAGAGGCGUCAGAUUCCACCACCAGCGAUUCACUUAAGUCAAAGCUUUCUUCGCUGUCCAAGAAGGACCUGAGUGCCAGGGACUUCCUGCCCAAGUCCAUCAUUUCCGCUGUGACCCGCAAACGUAAGAAAUGCCUCAGUACCCACCCGCAGGACGGCAGCGCCGACGAGGACUCUGAGCACGAGCCGGUCAAAACCAGCAACUACCGGGGAGGAGAAGGCGGGGGAGGGGACGAGGAGGAGGAGGAGGAGGAGGGGGGGAAAAGAGGAGAGGGGAAUAGAGGAGAGGGAGAGGCAGUCAAGGGAGAACGCACCGUUCCCAAAAAGGACAAACGGGAUGAAAGGGAAACCGGGGUGAAAGCGAGAGAGAUUGCAGAGGGAAGACAUCCGUCUGGAGAGGAGGAGGCUGGACAGGAAGUGAGGGGCAGAAAAAGCGAAAAGGAGAGCAGGCGGAGGUCGGCCUUGCCGGGAAACGCAACGCAGCUUCGUCCGAAGAGUUUCCUCUGCUCGCCCCUUCAAGUCAACGCCACGUACCCAAGACCCACAACGAUGUCUGAUCCCCCUUCCCACGUGAGGCCUCGCGCUCCGGCCAGAAGACACCCCACAUUCCCCGUCUGGAUCUGCCCCACCAGGCUUCCCAACUUACACCAGACCUCCAGCUUUUACGGUGCCCAGCAGCCAGACUGGAACCAGUCGGCGCCAGUCUGCUACAGGAAGACGAGAGGCGGGAGGACGAGGGCUGUUUCCAUGAAUCUGGACCUCGAGCUGGGCAGGAGAGCAGAGAGGGUGGAGGUGAUCAGAGUCCUCGAAGGAACACAUGGACGUGUCGGGGUUCCUCAGGGAUCGAUUGUAGGUCCUGGGUCAAUUCAACAAAUGGACCCCCUCCCUCAGCUUGCCCGGGAGCCUCGCACUCUCUCCUCCUCUUCCUCCUCGGUCUGGAUUGAUCAAAGCUCCCCAGGACCUCACCCCGUGGUCCUGAGGCGAUCGGCCCUGGACCCACGGGACCGGACGAGAGCGUGGCGCCGCCACACUGUGGUUGUUUAAUCUACUAACGCAGUACCAAGCACUCGCCCUCUACUCACAAACACUGGGUCCUCCACGUUGCCACGGCGAUCUCCGUUGUCUCAAGACUCUUCCCUCGUGGCUUUUUGUUGUUAUCGGCACAGAAGUCGGAGACCUGAUCUCACGUUGUGCGCAGCUGUGGAGUUUCAUUCCAAAAUGAAUAAAAUGUGAAACUCGGUCUGAAAUUAACAUGCAAAUUCUACCGUUCACCUAUUUUAAAGCUAUUCAUCUUUAACCCUUUACUUACAGAAUAACUGUAGAUGUAAUUAUCCAUGUCGUUGUACGUUUUCCAAAGAACAUUAGUGGCCCAACGCGGCGAACUGAGAUUGUGGUAUUUCUGGCAAAUUCUCACCAAAAUCUGAUCCCUUUUCUCAGGAAAAGUUGUUUUUUACCUUGUGUGUUUACGUACUUCACUCACACACGUUGAUGUCGUCCGAGCCGAGGACACGCUAGCGUGCGUUAGCUUGGUCGCUAACAGCACGAUCCCAGUUGACUCCCGCAGAAGAAGAACACAGCUAAAAAAAACUACCGUAGCUUCUUAACGUUUUCUGUUGCUCAGAGCUGCAAAUUCACGUAUUGGAGUUCCAAGGAUUUACUUCGCCCACAAGCCGAUUCCCGAUCACGACACUUCCAUUGAACACAACGUUUGCUGCUUUAGAAGCUGGAUAACCUUUGACACCUCGGGUGGUUUCAUCCAAAUAACUUUUCAUGAUCAAAUGUGUUUAUGGCAAACUAUUUUUAUUUUUAGAUGAAGUGAACGAGGAGUGUAAAAUCUGGAAGUGAAAGUUAUGCCAUAAUAGGAAAAAAGAGAGAAGUGCGGCUUUUGAAGGCAGAAGAACAUCUUAACGUUACAAUUAAUGUUUGCGAACAAUGCUCCCAUUUCCUAAGAGCACACGCUCACAUCUUUUCAAAUGUAGCUCCAUAAACUAGAGCAAGAAGUCCAGGACUUGAUUUAUUCCUGGAGGUGAUCCUCUUAAAAUGAGAAGAAAAGCUGCCGCUCUAACAAACAAGUGAUCCACAGAUUCUGAUGAAGCCGUUUGGAAAAAAAGAAAAUUGAAACGAUCUCGGUGAGAAUUGUUGCAAUGUUUCACAGUGCCGGUGUUGUGUUAUUACAACAACUAGGUGGUGCCAAAAGUAAGGAGUUGUUCAAAUCCUACACAUAAGGCCUUUACCGUUCAUUUCUAAAAUAAUGAUUUUGGAAUGAAACCCAUCAACUGUAAAUGAUAUUUUUAAAAAAAAUAAAAAAUAGGAGCAAAAAAUAUGAGAGAAAGCCAUAGCAGACAUUUUAAAUUCAACUCCAGAGCCUCGCUGCUGUUACAACUCACCCUCACAACCAGCAAAGACUCAUCUGCCACGUGACAUCACACGCGCACGGGACCGAUUCAGAGGACUCCGCUCUGCAGUUUACAAGCUUUUCCAAAGCCUCCUGUGGAUCCACAGGGAACCCCAACGAUAUAUAUAUAUAUAUAUAGUGUGCAUGGGGUCAGUGACAUUAAAUAUGCAAAUAACGCGCUGUGUGUGGGGGGGUCUGAGCAAAGUGUUUAAGGCAGCUAUGCAGUCAUGCCAAAAUGUUUUGUUGUUUGUUUUCUUCUUCUAUUUGGGUCAUUUGUGUACAAUAUUAGAGCCAAGAGAGAACCUAAGAGAGGCUUUACAUGAUAUCAGUGUUCCUUAGAGUAUCGUCAUGGGAGCAGUGAAGAACUUCCUUAAAUACAAAAACCACAGAGUCUUACCCGAGUCCAUUUCCCCGCUCCCGUUAAGAGAAAUGAAGCCGGAGCCGAACCGUCUGGACUC